AUGGAGGAGGGGAAGGCGGCGCCGCACGGGGUGCUGCUGGCGGUGGUGCUGGGUCUGGUGGCGGUAGGAUCCUCCAUUAUCAAGAAAGGCAGCUUCUUCGAAUCCAUCCCGGAGAUCAUCGGACCCGGAGUACUGCUGAUUCUCCCGAUCUUUCUCAUCGUCCUCAUCCGCGUGCUCUCCUCGGAAAGGAUCAACUGCCUGGCCGAUUUACUCUCGUCCACCUCCCCGGAUUCAAUACACCGCGCCGGUGGCUCCCCCGUCGGCGUCGGUCUCCUCCUGGUUCUGAUCCUCCUCCUCCUCUACUUCCGGUUCGCCCCAUCCCACCGCUGCCGCGUCGAUUGCGACGACGACUGA